CUCAUAUUUUAGCAUGGUAUCAAAGCGGCGAUCUUGGAAUUGCUGACUCUAGUUUCAAAACCCCAUCGCCGCUGAGCUGUUGUUUGAGUUGCUGCAUUUCCAUUUCAUUAAUCUCUAGUUUGUUUUGCUAGGAACUGUCUUUUUCUCAUGGCCUUGAGCACCCAAAGAGCCUCUGCAUCUCGUACUUCAGCUGAAUGGGCUCCUCCCCAUUGGAAGCAUGAUGUCUUUUUGAGUUUCAGGGGUGAAGACACUCGCAGUGGUUUUCUAUCCCAUUUAUACCAUGAACUGUACUGGCAAGCAAUUAAAACUUUCAAGGACGACCGAGACCUUGAAAUAGGAGCAACUAUUUCUUCUGAGUUGUUGACCGCAGUCAAAGAAUCACAUCUUGCCAUCAUUAUUCUCUCCCCAAAUUACGCUUCUUCCGCCUGGUGCUUGGAUGAACUUUCCAAGAUUCUUGAAUGCAUGCAAGACACCAAGAGAAUUCUACCAAUCUUUUAUCACGUGGAUCCUUCCGAUGUACGAAAUCAAAGGGGGAGUUUUGCGGAAGCCUUCACUAAGCAUGAAGAAAAGUUUAGGGUGGUGAAUUGGUGGAGAGCUCCUUUAAGAAAAGUAGGCAAUCUCUUCGGGUGGGAUUCAAAGCAUGAAGAGUUUAGUGGAGAUGUAGAGAUGGUGAAUCGGUGGAGAGCUGCUUUAACAAAAAUAGCCAAUAUCUCUGGGUGGGAUUCAAAGAAUUAUCCGUCGGAAGCAGAGCUUAUUAAACACAUUGUCAAAUAUGUGUUUAGGAAAGUGCAUCCAACGUUCAUGUUGUCAGGUUCUCUAGACAAGUUAGUCGGGAUUGAUUCUGCACUUGAGCAACUACAUUUGCAAUUAGCUCCCAAAGAUAAUGAUGUUCGCUUUAUAGGGAUAUGGGGGAUGGGCGGGGUAGGCAAAACAACCCUUGCUAAGCUAGUUUUCGAGAGAAUUUCCCAUCAUUUUGAACUUAGCUGGUUUCUAUCUAAUGUGAGAGAGGUUUCUGGAAAGCAAGGUGGUCUAGUUAAUCUACAAAGACAAAUUCUUUUCCCAAUCUUGAAAGAAAAUGUUGCCUAUGUUGGGGAUGAAGAAGCCGGAACCCUUUUCAUUCAGAACCGUUUAUGGAAUAAAAAGGUUCUUCUCGUGCUUGAUGAUGUGGGUCAACUAAACCAAUUAGAAAAACUGGUUGGAAAUAAAAAAUGGUUCGGUGUAGGGAGUAGAAUUAUCAUCACAACUAGGGAUGAGCGUCUACUAGUUGAGCAUGGUAUAGAGAAACUGUAUAAGGUCGUUGUAUUAAAGGAUGAUAAAGCUCUUGAGCUCUUUUGUCGACAUGCCUUUAAGAAAGAUCAGCCUAAGGAAGGUUUUCAGGAACUGUCACGGCAUUUCCUAGAUUAUGCCAAAGGCCUUCCAUUAGCUCUUAAAACUUUGGGGCGUGCUUUGUAUGGGAGAGAUCAAGAUGCGUGGAAGAGUGUGUUGCAUAAUCUAAACAAAAUUCCUGAUCCAGAUAUUUUUGAUUCACUCAAAGUAAGCUAUGAUGGACUAAAAGAGAUGGAGAAGAAAAUUUUUCUACAUGUUGCGUGUCUCCAUAGAGGGAAGAAUAAAGAGCAAGUAAUUCAAAUACUAGACUGUAUCCUUGACAUUUCCAGUCAUAUUGAGAUUGAUAUUCUUAUUGAGAAAUCUCUCUUAACUAUUGAGAAAUGCCACUUUCGUAGCAAUAUUGUUGAGAUGCAUGAUUUGAUACAAGAAAUGGCAUGGAAAAUUGUUCGUGAAGAGUCUCCCGAGCCUAGUAAACGCAGUCUUUUGUGGCAUCACAGUGACAUUUCUCAUGUAUUCAUGAACAAUACGGGAACAGGAGCAAUUGAAGGCAUGGUCCUAGCUCUGCCCAAAUUAGAAGAAGUGCCCUGGAAUUGUACUGAAGCCUUCAAUGAGAUGCACGGGUUAAGGCUCCUUCACUUUGAUAAUGUGAUGUUUUCUUCAGGCCCUAAAUUUCUUCCAAAUUCCUUAAGAAUUAUCCAUUGGAGUCGGUAUCCUUCCAAAUCGCUCCCAUCAUGUUUUGAACCACAUUUGCUUUCUAAACUAAAAAUGAGGGAAAGCAAACUUGUCCGGCUUUGGGAUGGAGCAAAGGAUUUUCCGAAUUUGAAAUAUAUGGAUCUUAGUAACUCUGAUAAAUUGACCAGUAUCCCAGAUUUCACACGCAUUCCAAAUCUUGAGAAAUUGAAUCUGGGCGGUUGUAAGAAAUUAGGCGAGGUUCACCUGUCUAUUGCAGUUCACAAAAAGCUAAAGGUUUUAAGUUUUUAUCAAUGUAAAAGUAUACAGUGUCUCCCAAGUGAGUUGGAAAUGGAUUCUCUUGAAUUCUUUAGUCUUUCGGGCUGCUCAAAAGUGAAAAAGAUUCCAGAAUUUGGGGAACAUAUGCAGAACUUGAAAACGAUUGUUCUAUGUGAGACUGCUAUCAAGCAUAUACCUUCAUCAAUUGGACGUCUGGUUGGCCUUGUUUGUCUAGAUAUACAUGAUUGCAAAAGUCUCUUGGGUCUACCGAGUGCGAUAUGCAAUUUGAAGUCUCUUAAAAGCCUCUAUGGCUACGGAUGCUCAAAAGUUGGCAUGAAAAAUCUCAAAACUCUAUCCCUUAGUGGAUCAGUUGCUUCAAGGGAUGGCAUUGGGUGGGGCGUUGACCGCAUAUUUGGAAUUAGAAAGAAUCCUGACCCUGAGCGUUGGGGUUUGGUGUUGCCCUCUCUAAAUCGUUUAGGGUCUUUGACGAAAUUAGAUCUGAGUGAUUGUAAUAUUGGUGAAGGAGCCAUUCCAGAUGAUAUCGGCUGCUUGUCUUCUUUAAAAGAGUUGGGCCUUAGGGGAAACAAUUUCGUUAGCCUUCCCUCAAGCAUUAGAUUCCUUUCUGAGCUUUGGAUUCUUCGAUUGCAGAGGUGCGAAAGGCUUGGGCAAUUGCCAGAUCUUCCGCCAAAGAGAUCCCCAUUAUUUGUACAUGUAGACGACUGUACUUCCUUAAAAAGGCUGUCAGAUCCAUCAAAGUUGAGCGAAGGAGCCAAUGUGUAUGGUUUUAUGUUUACUUGUUUUAAUUGCUUCAGAUUGGUUGAAGAAGAAGGCUGGAUUAAUAGAAUAUUUGCAAUGAUAAUGGGAUUGGCCGCUGAGGUAAGGUAUCAUGAUGACCGUAUUGUAUGGCCUGUAAGUGAAAUUCCAGAUUGGUUCGAUAAUCAUUGUGUGGGAGAUUCAAUAAUUGUGGAGCUGCCACCACAAACAUGUAGUGACUGGGUUGGGAUUGCUUUAUGUGUUGUUUUUGAAGAUUCUGCACAUCCAGACUACAAUUUUUUCCAAAUUCGCUUUUCAUGGAAACCGUAUGAUAAUACUUUUAUAGUCGGGGAUCUUAGGUCACAACACCUUUUCGUUUUCUAUUUGCCUCGCAAUGGUCCCUAUCUCAGGGAUGCCUCAGGCAGUCAUCAGUUAUCAUUUGAAGGGCAGUAUUGGUCAAAAGAUUCUGGGAAAAAAGAACUGAAAACAAGCUCGAUUAUAAAGAAAUGUGGAGCCCGUUUGGUGUACAAGAGAGAUUUGGAAGAACUCAGCCAAAUACUGAAAAUCUCGAAGCCAGUAGUAUAUGGAUACGAUGACGAGGCAGGCCCAAUUGAUAGUGGAAGUGGUGGCUCUGAUGAGGAAAACUAGUGUUAUUCACAAAGUUUCAAAUUUAUGAGAAUGAACCAACCACAAGUUCUCAAUCAGCGAAAACAGUAUGAUAACAUCCACAAUGGGCUCUCUAAACCACCUCCUUAGACUAGGAGCUCCUGUAGAAGCUCCUAAAUCCGAGGAGAGAGAAAGGACUCCUAGUG